ACGCAGCGGCGAAUAAGGCUGAUCGUGGGAAGCAGAGGGGGCUGGCUUGGAACGCGACACCCUGGUCUUCUUGGUUGACGUUUUCGGCUCUUCACUGAUUAAUCAACUUUGAAGCAGAAUUCAAAGUAUAUUCUAUAUUGUCGUGCAACGAGCGAACAUUCUUGGGGUUUUUGGUGGAAAGUGAAGAAGAAUUUCUGCAUGGGCAAGUGACGACAAGAUGAGGAUGUGCGACGCCGCAAUAAAAGGGAAGACGCGACUGUGAGGCCCGGAUAAACGUGCACGUUGUGUCAAAGGUCGUACACACGCGCGACUCCAUCGGUUGCCAAGCCGAUCCUCCUCGCACUAGGCGACGAGAACUUCGUACCUAAGCCGGUCGUUCAACGUGGCCGAUCCUUGGACAUGGUGAGGGGGCAUGUUGAUGUGCCGGCGGUUGCUGCUGAUCGCAGCCGCGAUCACGGCCUCGAUCGAGGCUGGCUCCGCUAGUUACCAUCCCAGAAUCUCCUCGGACUAUUCUGGAUAUCCAGGUUUCCCGGUCUAUCCGGGUCUGGCGUUGUCCGAUUCCGCGUCAGGUUUAAUCACUACGUCGACAACGAAUCUAGAAAAUGUUUGCAGGCCAUCAGAGUACCUAUGUGGCACCGGAAGCUGCAUCGCCCAGGACAAAUACUGCGACGGCGAAAAUGACUGCGGCGACAACUCCGACGAGCCGAGAUAUUGCACCCCGUGCAACAGAACCCUGUUCGGCGACGUCGGUCGGACCUACAGGGUGGAAGUCCGCCGGCCGAGGGAAGAUCGACUGCCAUUCUUGUGUCAUCUCAACUUCACUGCCGCCGGGUCUGAUCUCGGAGACCUAGUUCAGUUGACAUUCGACACGUUCACCGUGGGUCGAUUUUCAUCCUUCACGUCGCAAGGAUGUCCGGAUGGUCACAUGACUAUCCGGGAAAAAGGUCGCCCAGCGACUGGAGGACAAUGGUGUGGAAGUGCAUGGGGUUACACCGUGUAUUACAGCGAAACACAUUCCAUCAAUUUAACUUUGUAUUUACUCCGGCUACCUGAGCAAGGUAGUGGCUUUAAUUUCGACUUCAAGUUAUCGUACAAGUUCCUGAGACGUAGCGAAGCACACCUCAGAUAUGGGAACAGUAGUAUGGCCACAUGGCGGGGAGAGCUAGUGAAUGGCACUUACUGCGACCGUGUACUCACCAAGUGCGACACGCGAGCCUGUCGACUUCAGUCGCCGAAUUACCCGGGUAUUUAUCCCAGAAACGUCACUUGCUAUUACCGAGUAGAGCAAAAUCGGACACCACCUGGACAUCGGGCGUUGCUUGCUGUGAGUCAGCGGAACAGCCACAAGAUACACAUCAAAGACCAGGUCGUCAAUUUCGAUGACAGCCAAAGGAUAUUAAGAGUUUGGGAUAAAUGCAAUAUGGUGCAAGAUUAUUUGACAGUCUACGAUGGAGAUUCAACCUCCGACAAGGUGCUGGUUCGACUUUGUGGCGGUGACGCGGUGCCAGACAUAGUUAGUAGCCGCAACACAAUGCUUUUGGAGUUCCAUACGUCUCCGUGCGACAAUCCCUUUCAUCCCGUUCCUUUGUCGUUCUUACCGGGCUUCGAGCUCGAGGUUCAGGUGCUAUUCAUGGACGAGAAAUCCCGGAGUUUCGUAAAGGAGAACGACAACUGCGAUUUUUAUAUAUCCAGCGAUGAAAGUUCUUCGGGUGUGUUGGAAAAUCCGAAGCAUUCCUUGCCCCCGAAUACGACUUGUCGCUACCACUUUCAGGGAAAACCAAACGAGAUCGUUUGGUUAUCUUUUGUCAAAUACUAUGCUGCCAGUGCUGAUGCUGCCGUGAGCAUCGACGUUGCCUCCGACUGUAAUACGAAGCUUCUCAUUUGGGACGGCGAUCGCACGAUAGAUAAAUUAGUCUCCACUCAUAAGAAUAUCAUGCUGAUGGGACAGUUUUGCAAAGAUGACACCCCUCGUCUCUGCGACCACAGUUUGUUGCGGAACGGAAGUCGUCAUGCGAGGCCUUGCAGUCUUGCGGAGAGCUACGUUUCUAGCGGCAGGGACCUCACUAUAGAGCACAUACUGCGUCAAGGAAGUGCACUUUAUCCGAUAAGCUUUGUACUACGUUACGAGUUCGUGCACGAGGCGAUUUCUUGCAACCACGUGUUCGGUUCCGCGUCGAUUUCAUCCACGUCUUCCACGUCCUCCUUGUCCUCUUCAUCGUCCUCCUCAUCUCUGCUCUCAUCCCCCAAAGCGGGUAAAUUCGCGUCCCCGAAAAGUGUAUUCUUUUACGGUCGCGGUGGUGCGCAGAACGUUAGCUGUGUGUAUCGUUUCGAGGCUGAGCCGGAUCACAGAAUAGAACUGUCCAUAAACAAAGCCUCAUUCGGAGAUAAAGGAUGUUCCUCGUACGUAGACCCGUUAGUCAAUCGGUGGACCUGCGAUCGGCGCAUAGGAGAUUUCGUUAAGGUUGGCACUGCAGAGUUGGUUGUUGCCGAGUACCCUUGGCAGGGAGUAGAAUUGGUUCGCGAUUGCCUGUGUUCCAAUGUGAGCGAUAAGAUAGUUCUGAGAACCCUGACAUCCAACGUGGUUGAGGUUCGGUUCACCGUAUCCCUGAUGACUGUUGCACAGGAUUAUAGGGACUUCUAUUUCGAGGGAGAGUACCGUUUCGUUGCACUAGGAGCGGAGACGAGCGAGCAAGGUUGCUCGACCAAACUCGAAGAGCGACGAUUACGCGGGACCAGUGGUGAAAUUUCCCUCAGAAGUCCCUUGUUACGAAUAAUUCCCGGUGUUGCAGCCGUAGAAGAGAUCCUGACCAAUACAGAAGAUCUAACUGCGACUCAGUGUGUGAAUGAGCCUUGGUUAAUAGAGCCCGAAGAUGCAAGGAUCAAUUAUUUGUAUUUAAGGACGGCUGGAUAUAGUAUCACGUUGGACAACGUUGAGCAAUGUACGACGUUAAAUAGAAUUGUCGUCUACUCGGCAGCUAACACAAAGGAUCGUAGUGUAAUUUGUCCCGAGGGUGGCGUUGAUACUGCCAGAACGGUUGAUUUCUUCUCUGGUGGUUGGAACUAUAGCGCCACUAAUGCUACGAUAGCUAUGACGCAACACUCGAGGAGCUUCGUUGUUGAGUUCCUUCAAAGAGAAGCUGGGUUCUAUGCUGUCACGUGGAUGGCUAUUUCUAAGAGAUCUCCUAGUCCUAGCGUUGGACCCAAUGUCUUCACAAUACUGCCUCACGAGGAUUGUCCUUAUCGAUGCCCCGAAAUUCAGGCGUGUAUAAGUUCUGUCCUAUGGUGCGAUGGGAUUCGCCAUUGCCCCUCCGGUUUCGACGAAGAAGAAACCAAUUGUUCGUACCGGUUUGGUGUAACAUUACUCUACGUGGCCGUAGGCGCCGGCGCCCUAGGUAUAUUCUUGAUCCUCUUGCUUGCCACCGGUUGCCUCAAGUAUUGUCUUUAUCGACACAAAGCUCGUAAGAAAAAAAAGAAUGUUGUUCUAAAUGUGAAUCAUCUCCAUGUGAAUCACACACAUCACAAUAAUGGUCUAACUGGAAGUCGCCUGAGCGGACGUUACAAUCUCGCCACACCACAAGAGAUGUAUCUGGAGAAUUAUGGGAAAGACAGUAUUUGUUGACAAUACGCCAUUGCCAAUAUCGAGACCGUCGUGUGAAUAUUACAGGAUUUUUAAAAUACGCCUACCUCGCUGGCCUCUUUAAUCCCUCCCCCCUCCCCUCCCGCGGAGAGAAUGAAAACAAACGACGGAAUAGUCGACCGAACGUUUACCUAUCUGAAAGCGCGCACGCGCAAGAAAAACAUAUACGCAAUAAUCGUAUUAAACUCUCGUAGACCAAUUCGAAACAUUUAAGAAAGGAGCGACUCUCGGGUUGUUUUCAAGCCACGACCACGAUCUACGCUUUGUCCCAAGUUAAGUGAUAUUUAAUUUUAAAGUACACGAAAGGAAA